AAUUAAGUAUAAGCUUAACACUUAUAUUAAGGGCAGAUAAGAUUGAAUGGCACAUGUAAAUUUAUUAUAUAUAAGUAAAAUUUUGUGUAUUUUUAGUUUUAUAUUAUUUGGUGUCCUUGGAACAAAAAAUUACCGUAUUGCAGUUACAUCAUUUAAACAUUCAUUAUUUUCAUUUUUUUGUUUUGAUAAUAGCACAGUUAUUCUUGGUUAUGAUUUUCUGGAUAAAAAUAUUUGGAGAAGUGACAACGAAGGUACAUCAUGGAGUAAAAUAAGAAGUAUACCAAAAAAUAAGGCUAGAUUAUUAAUACGGCAUCCAUUUAGUGAUAGAAUGGCAUUUGUUUUGGGAGAGGAUAAAAAACAUUAUUAUACAAUUGAUCGAGGACUUACAUGGAAGAGUUUUUAUACGGAAAUUCCAUUUUUAUAUGAAUUAGAACCAUUAAAAUUUAAUUCUGCCAAUCCUAAUUAUAUUAUAUAUAUUGGGUCGGAAUGUGAUAAUUCAACACGAAUAAAUUGUAGAUAUGUGGCAUAUUAUACUGAAGAUGGAUUUAGUACAGCGCCGAAAUUUCUUAAGAGUGAUAUACAAUCAUGUAUGUUUGUUAAAUCAUCAAAAGAAUUUUCCAAUUGCUCAGAUGAGUUGGUUUUAUGUACAUAUAUGAAAUCGGAUGGGGAUUCUUCGGGUAUAUAUUUAAUUAAGUCAGAAGAUUGGUUUUCAACAUAUAGUUAUGUAAAUUUUAAUGAAAGACCGUUGGUUAGUUUAGAAGGAUUAGGAAUAGUUAAAACUUUUAUUAUAGCUGUUAUUAAAAUGCAUAAUUCAGAGCUUGAAAUGUUUGUUUCCAAGGAUGGAAGUACAUGGAAUAGAGCUGAAUUCCCAUAUUAUCAUCGAAAAAAACUAAAAGAAAAUUCAUAUACUAUUAUGGAAUCGAAUACAUAUAGUCUUCAAGUUGAUAUUUUGACAUCUGAAUAUCCUCUUCUUGGAGGAAUUUCUUUUAAAUCUGAUAUUAGCGGUAUAUAUUAUACGCCUAGUUUGGAACAUACAAAUAGAAAUGUUAUGGGAUAUGUUGAUUUUGAAGAUAUUCGUUUUAUUGAUGGAGCUAUUUUUGCAAAUGUUAUAGAAAAUUGGAAAGAAUUAGAAAAGAAUGAAAAUGCUGAUAAAAAAAUUCAAUCAAAAAUAUCUUAUGAUAAUGGUAAUACAUGGAGUUUUAUUAAGCCUCCUAUAGAUUCUGAAUGUAAUAUUUUUGACUUUAAAACAUGUUCUCUUCAUUUACAUUCUAUUACGGACAAAUAUAAAUUUGAUAGAAUAUUUUCCAGCUAUGCACCUGGAAUACUUAUUGGAAUGGGUUCAGUUGGACCAUAUUUAAAACCUUUUAAUGAAUGUAAUCUUUAUAUAUCUGAGGAUGCAGGUAAAACAUGGUUUUUAUCACUGGAAGGAACAUACAUAUAUGAAUGGUCUGAUCAUGGAAGUAUAAUUGCGGCAAUUCCUGAUGAAAAGACUAAUACUUUUUAUUAUUCUUUUAAUAGAGGUAGAACAUGGGAGACUAUUAAUUUAAAUUUUCAUGUUCAUCCAUUAUCAUUAAUGAUAGUUCCCAGUUCUAGAACAGGAAAGUUUAUGCUUAUUGCAACUGAAGUGAAAAAAAAUCGUAUUACUAACGCAAUGAAUCUUAUUUCUAUUGAUCUUGGUGAAAUUUAUACUAGAGAAUGCAUUUUAGAUAAAAAUAAUUUAGAAAGAAGUGAUUUAGAAAAAUGGUACUCUCAUGCUGAAAAUGAUUCAAAAUGUACAAUGGGUCGUAAACAAUAUUUUUGGAGAAGAAAAAUUGAUAGAAAAUGCUUUAUUAAACAAAGUUAUUCAGAACUUCAGGUCAUUGAAGAAAAUUGUCCAUGUUCUAAUGAUGAUUAUGAAUGUGAUUAUAAUUUUAUAGAAUAUGAUAAUAAAUGUUUGGAACAAGCUUCACAUGAGAUCCCUCCAAAUUCAUGCAAAAAUCUGGAUGAUGUCUUUAUGGCACCUAGUGGCUAUAGAAAAAUUCCAGGAAAUACUUGUGAUAGCAAGCGUGGUAUUGUAAAAGAUGAAAAAAUCGAAAUUUCAUGUAGAUUAAAUGCUCAUUUGGAUAAAAUUAAAAUUACAUUAACGGAUUUUGCUGGAGAAUUAAUCAAUUAUCAUUAUCUUAAAAAAAAUCAAGAUGAUCCUGAUGAUAAAAAUGAUAUAGAUGAGACGAUUAUUGUUUUAACGGAUCAAAUGGAAGUUCAUGUUUCACACGACCAGGGUAACCAAUGGAGUCAAAUUCUUGCAAAUGAAAAUAUUCAUUCUAUCUAUCAAAAUGUUUACGCAAGUGAGCAAGUAUAUUUUUUUGGAACGAAUAAAAAGGCCUGGAUAACAAAAAAUCGAUGUAUAACUAUUGAGAAAAUUCAACUUCCAGUUUAUUCACAUAUUGGAUUUAAACCUGAAUUUCAUCCAGAUAAUAAAGAUUGGAUUAUCUAUACUGGAUGUAUAGAUAAUAAAAUUAUGGAAGAAUGUAAAACGGAAUCAUAUUAUUCUUUAGAUGGAGGAAAUUCAUGGAGUCUUUUAUUAUCUAAUACUCGUUCAUGUUCUUGGAUUAAAACUAAAGAUUUUAAUGCAGAUAAAAAUUUGAUAUAUUGUGAACUAUAUAUAAACGAUUCUGAAAAAUCUUUAGAAAAUCCUGUAAAACUGGUUUAUUCAACUGACUUUUUUAAUACUUAUAAUGUUUUAUUCAAUUCCAUUACUAAUUAUGCAAGAUUUGAUGAAUUUAUAAUUUUAGGAGAAUACAACUCUGAAUUAAAGGCUCUCGAGCCAUUUGUAUCAUUAAAUGGAUUAAAUUUUACUACUGCUAAUUUUCCUUCUCACUAUUCAGGGCAAAUAUUUACAAUUCUUGAUUCUUCUACAAAAUCUAUAUUUCUACAUGUUAUUAAAGACAGCUAUAAAGCUUCUAAAUGGGGAUAUAUACUCAAGUCUAACUCUAAUGGGACCGAUUUUGUUAAAUCGUUGGAUUUUGUUGAACGUAAUAAUAAUGGAUUUAUAGAUUUUGAAAGAUUCAAAGGAUUAGAAGGAAUUAUAAUAUCUAAUAUUGUAAUGAAUCCAGAUGAUGUUUCUAAGGGUUCAUCGAAACGUCUUAAAAGUGUAAUUACAUAUAAUGAUGGUAGUGAAUGGUCUUAUAUAACUCCUCCUAAAAAAGAUUCAAAGGGAAAUGAAUUUUGUAGUGGAAAGCUUGAAAAAUGUUCAUUAAAUCUUCAUGGAAUUAUUGAUCGUAUUGAUUUUCAUGAAACAUUUUCCUCAAUUACAAUUCCUGGUUUAGAUUUUGCUAUUGGGAAUGUUGGCGAAUAUUUGGAUAAUUACUUAGAUAGUAAUACAUUUAUGACAACAGAUGGAGGAGUAACAUGGAGGGAGAUUCAAAAAGGACCUCAUUUAUGGAAAUUUGGUGAUCAAGGUUCUAUAAUAUUGUUAGCUAAAGAUAGAAGCUAUACAGAUCAUUUUCUUUUCUCUUUAAAUAUGGGAGAUACAUGGGAUGUUGUUUAUUUUCCGGAAAAAGAAUCAAUUUUAAUAUAUGAUAUAACAACUGUUUAUUCAGAUACAAGUCGAAAAUUUGUAUUAUUUUCUAUUAGAAGUAACAAUGGCAAUAAAUGGACUGCUAUACAUAUUGAUUUUACUAUGCUUACUAAUAGGAAAUGUAAAUUAGACGAAGAUUCUCAAGAUAAAAAUGAUUUUGAUACAUGGAGUUUUAAAUACCCAAAUAAUGAAGAUUCAUGUUUUUUUGGAACUAUAAAAACUUAUUAUAGAAAAAAAUCAGAAAGACGUUGUUUUAUAGGAAAUACUGAUAUUAAAAAUUAUAUUUCAAAAAAUUGUACAUGUCAGCCACAAGACUAUGAAUGUGAUUAUAAUUAUGAACGUGCAUCUAAUGGGAGCUGUUUGUUAGCAAAAGGUCUUGAGCCUCUAAAUUAUUUAGAAGAAUGUAAAAAGUACAAUCUUCAAGAAUAUCAUAGACCAACUGGAUAUCGAAGAAUUCCUCUUACAACAUGUCAAGGAGGCAAAGAACUUGAUAAAGAUUCAACACCUAUUUCAUGUUCAAAAGAAAAGGAAUUUAUGAAAUUUGGAAAAGGUUUGCACGGUUUUUGGUUAUAUUUUGUUAUAAUUUCGCCUUUUAUUAUGAUUAUUUUUAGUAGUUAUUGUAUGUGGACCUUAUAUAAAGACAGAUUUUUAGGACAAAUAAGACUUGGAGAAGAUGAAAGACCGUCUGGAUUGAUACAGUAUCCUAUAAUGCUGCUGGAUAAAAUAGCAGCAGUAUUUUUUGCCAUUCGAACUGCUACAGAUUAUAUUAUAACUAAAAUAAUUUCAUUAUUUUCUGGUUAUUCUUAUAGAUUUAAUAGAAGAGAUUCUUUCUUUAGGAGUGAUUAUUCUGCACUUUUAUCAAAUAGUUCUGAAUUACUCUAUGAUGAUUUUGAAAAUUAAAAAAUAGUUCAGCAUAAUUAUAUAUAAACAAUAUAUUUAUAUG